CUCAUUAACCAGCAAAACCUCAAAACAUUUUGUGUGUUAAAAUAUUAGAUUUAGGUAAUCUUGCCACCUAUCCAGAAAGGGUAACGAAAUCAUAUGUGCUGGAUGAACCGUACGUUAAGAAUCCAGAUUUUCAGGAGGUAAAGAAGAUCUAGAGUUGUUGCAGAGCCGUCUGGUGACAAAGUGAGCAAAUAGAAGGAGAUGUUGAGACGCAGAUUGUAACCGCUUAACCGUUAUUUAAAAAGAUUAAUCUAUUUGAAGAAAAUUUCAGAGAGAUUGCGAACAUAUUCCCAAUAUGUCGAAAUUGGGAGAUAUAUGGUAAACUUCUUUGGAAUUUUGCUUUGAGAUGACUCUGAAUUCUGUGCUGAAUAAUAAUAAAGGGCAUUAUCUUUCAAGCGAAGCACUCCAAGUCCUCUAUGAUUGGGAACCAACUGCAGGCACAUUGGGGAUAUGGUUACAAGUUGUGACCUUACCUGGAAGAUACGUUUCUUUGUUGCCUCUUCUGGAGAUUUCUCGGUGCAAUUGAUAAAUUUUGAGCUGUUAGAUAUGGUAUUUGUUGAUUAUCUUUCUCCCUUUCAAGACAUAUUCUUUCAGCCAUGAAGUAGUAAAAUUGGGGCUGAGUGUAUGAUAUACCUAUAGAGAUGUGAGACUAUCAUAUUCAGGCGCUUCAAAAAAUUGGGGCUUCUGGAGCCGUUUUGUUGAGCAGUUAGAGAACUUCGUAGAAGAAAUUAUAUUGUCCGCAUGCACAUAUUAGCCGGUUAUAUACUUAAUCAUAGGUCUGGACACUUUGUUUUUUGUCAAGAAUAAGUUCAGGGUUCUAUUAAACAUUAAAAAAUGUCAGAUGUGAAAGAACCCCUUCUCCCACCACGCCCUUAUGUUGUUGCAGAAGCACCUCAUCGAUCCACCAUUCCUGGUAGGCCAUUGUUUCAAGGACUAGACUUCUUAGGACUUAAAAAGCGAGGGCAGGGUGUUCGCUCCUGGAUACGGAUAGAUACAAGUGGGAAUUAUGAAGUUUUGGAGGUUGACAAAGUAACCAUAAUGAAACGCUGUGAUUUACCUGCAAGGGAUCUUCGUCUUUUGGAUCCAUUGUUUGUGUAUCCUUCAACAAUUUUAGGUCGGGAGAGAGCAAUUGUUGUAAAUCUAGAACAGAUAAGGUGCAUUAUCACAGCUGAUGAGGUGCUGCUGUUGAAUUCUUUGGAUAGCUAUGUGUUGCAGUAUGUAGCAGAGCUGCAAAAGCGUUUGCAUAUUAAAAAUGAUAUGGUUGGCAAUAUUUGGCAUUCUCGUGAACAAGGGAGCUCGAGAUUUCCAUUACAGUCAGCCAGGCAAGAAUCAACUAUUGAUGCCUUAUCUAACAUGGGACAGGCAAGGCAAAAAAGAUCUAUUGCUCAGGCUGAUUUUUUCAAUGGUUCAUCUGCAGACGACUUGCCAUUUGAAUUCAGGGCGUUGGAGAUUGCAUUGGAGGCAGCUUGCACAUUUCUAGAAACCCAGGCAACUGAACUGGAAAUAGAAGCAUAUCCCGUAUUGGAUGAAUUGACAUCUAAGAUCAGCACAUUGAACUUAGAGCGUGUUAGGAGAUUGAAAAGCAGGCUUGUAGCUCUGACUCGUAGGGUCCAAAAGGUACGAGAUGAGAUAGAGCAGCUUAUGGAUGAUGAUGGGGAUAUGGCUGAGAUGUAUUUGACUGAGAAGAAGGAGCGCAUGGAAGCUACAUAUUUUAGAGAUCACAAUUUAUAUGGUUAUAAUUCUGUUGGGGCUGGCUUUUCAGUAUCAGCUCCUGUUUCUCCUGCAUGUUCUCCCACAGAUUCUUCAAAGCUGGAAAGGACUGUCAGCUUGGUGCGUAGCAGGCAUGAAAGCAUGAAGGAUUCCGAAAACAAUGAUGAACAUAUUCAAGAGCUGGAGAUGCUACUCGAAGCCUACUUUGUGGUAAUUGACAGCACUCUCAACAAGUUAACAUCGCUGAAGGAGUACAUUGAUGAUACAGAGGAUUUUAUAAAUAUUCAACUGGAUAAUGUUCGGAACCAGUUGAUACAAUUUGAGCUAUUGCUCACAACAGCGACUUUUGUUGUUGCUAUAUUUGGAGUUGUGGCAGGAGUCUUUGGCAUGAAUAUCCCAAUUGCUCUGUUUGAUGAACCUUCUGCUUUCAAAUGGGUUAUUAUAAUAACUGGGGCUUCUGGGCUGCUAAUUUUUGUCUUGUUUUUAUGGUAUUUCAAGCAUCGAAGGUUGAUGCCACUGUAAGAGAUCCUGUAUUGUAGCCCAUUAUUGCGUAUCUCGGUUAUGGGAAAAUUAUUUAUGGGGAAAUGUUGUCUUUUGUAUCAUUCUUUUAAUUGUAGCAAAUACAGCUUCAUAUGCAGCAAUAUAACGAUCAGGCACAAAAUGUACAGAUUUUCUGUUAUUUUCCAAAUGAUCCUUUUUAAAUGGUUGAGAAAUAAAUAAAUUGAUAGUGGGGUUACUGUAUAUGGCACUCAAAUUUAUAAAGGAUGGAGAAGAGAAUUAGUCCAAUAGCAUUACUACCGAUGUUUUAGGUCAUGUGUCUCCUGGGGCCUUUCUGCUAUAAACCAGAAUUGGAGGAUUAGCUCAGUGGAAUCCCCACUGAAGUUUAAGCUCAUUGUUAUAAUGUUUUUCUACUGAAAUGAAAAAUUUAAUUUACUUUAGUA